AUGGGGUGUGCUUUGGCAAAUGGUCCACAUCCACAUCUGUUUCUGCAAGUAUUCAUCAUUUGUUCCAUUACUUUCUUUUGCUUUGGAUUUGCAGCUUCAGCUUCAGCUAAGCUCCAUGUUCAAGAAGUCAAGGUACUAAGAGAGAUAGUGAAGAAGAUGGGGAAGAAGGACUGGGAUUUUAGCAAGGAUCCAUGUAGUGGAGAAGGGAAUUGGAGUAUUGUGGAUGAGAGGAAAGGGUUUGAGAACAGUGUCACUUGUGACUGCUCUUUCAACAACAAUUCCUCUUGCCACCUAGUAAGCAUAGCUUUAAAGUCUCAGAAUCUGUCGGGAAUCAUUCGACCGGAGUUUUCCAAGCUUCGCUACCUCAAACAACUGGACCUUAGCCGCAAUCUCUUCACCGGUGUUGUACCUCCCCAAUGGGGUACCUUGCAAUUAGAGGAGCUGUAA